AUGUUUAUCUUUUCCAUUCAUGAUCGAUCAAAUUCUGCUCUUAAUUUCGAUAACGAAAGCGAUCUUACACUGCCGAGGAAAAUUUAUUCAGGAUUGAAGCCGUUUCUCUGGAAAAUGUGCACCAUGAAUCCCACCUUAAUGAUGUGGAUAUUUGCUGUUUUGAUUUUAGCAGGAAUUGUCAUGAACGGGUUGGAAUCCGAAUGGGAAAAUCUAGAGAGCGCGAGUAAUAGUCUCUACGCUGACAGAUAUCGAAUUAAACGAGAUCGAUCUGAAGAUGUCGAAUUGAAAGUGCAGAACGCCUAUAACUUGUGGCAUAAGUGUAUGAUGCAUGUACUAGAACCUUUGCUAUUCGAUUCCAGUAAGUUGUGGUAUGCUCUUCGGAAGACUGUACGGAAAUGCUACGGCCUCACACCGCUUGUUGCUAUUAAAUAUAGCAACGUCAUGAACACAGAAGAUAGGAAGUUCUUCAUUUUGAGUAGCACAAAUAAUACGGCCUGGAAUGUAAUCACUCUUGGAGUUGGACGCGACAUUCUGGCCGAAAAGAAACUUAAACGACUUCUACCGAAGGGGUCACUCUUCUACGGUGCGGAUCCUAUCUAUAAGGAAAACGAUGAGCUAUAUCCGACCGUGGGAAAAUUCUUCCCCAUUGCAGUGGGUAAUGAGACAGUGUACGGUGAAGCCGAUGUACUCUCACACGGUAGCGGUAGGUAUCGUAUAUUACCGGUUGUUCAUCUCGACAUUGUGUCAUUCUUGAAAAAAAUAGUUAAAACUCAGUUUGUCGACUUGCUACUUAUGGACAACGAAGGUCCAGAGUACGACAUUAUACCGAUGAUGAGCUCAGGCAAGGAAUUCGAUCAAAAUCGGAUUGUCGUCUGUCAAAUUUCUGCAGAGCUGCAUGUCGGUCGCAAGCAUCUGGGAAAAAACCAGCGGUUUGCUCCUCUUAUCAGAGAGAUUUUAAGAGAUCGUCGUUUUGCUCUUCUCACUGAUGUUGGAUUUACACACCAUCGUACAUUUUUGAUCAAUUUUGCUAAUAAAAACUGUGUCGAAAAAUAUAUAGCACAGUUUUUUAAAAGUCGUUAA